AUGCAUUUAUCACUGGAUACCAUGAGCAUGGUGGAUGACAGCUGCCUCUCACCCAGCAACUUCCACGAAAUGGGGAAAGGUGGGGGCAUGGCUGCGGGGGGCCGCGUCCACAGCAUUGAUGUCAUCCUAGGUUUCAGUAAAGACCAGGACCCCCUGCUCAGCCCUGCUGGAGCCCCGCGACCUCAUAAAGUGGACAUAGAUGGCCUAGCAGAGCCUGGGAAGCAGCAGGAGCCCUCGUCACACCCGACCUACAGCGGGCACCUUUCCUCUCUGAGGAACGGCAGCGCAGAGCAGCAGCAGCAAUACCACGAUGCUGGCUUAUUCUCAAACAAAUGCGACGAGGAGCUGAGCGAGCUGAGGAAGAGUGUAGAGAGUGAUGAAGGCAAGUCCCCGGAGCCAUGCAAGGAUGAUCAGCCCAAGAAGAAGCACAGGCGCAACCGCACCACCUUCACCACCUACCAGCUGCAUGAGCUGGAACGUGCCUUUGAGAAGUCCCACUACCCAGAUGUGUACAGCCGCGAGGAGCUCGCUAUGAAGGUGAACCUCCCAGAGGUCCGAGUCCAGGUCUGGUUCCAGAACCGCAGAGCUAAAUGGCGCCGGCAGGAAAAAAUGGAUGCCAGCACCAUGAAGCUCCACGACUCACCCAUGCUGUCCUUCAACCGCCCGGCACCAGUUCACACCAGCAUGGGCCCCAUGACCAACUCCCUCCCCUUGGACCCCUGGCUGUCCUCUCCCCUGUCCAGUACUACCCCUGUCCACAGCAUCCCAGGCUUCAUGGGUCCAGCUCAAGGCCUCCAGCCCAGCUACCCCAGCCACAGCUUCCUCAACUCCUCUCCUCAUCCUCAUCCUCACUCUCAUCCUCAUCCGUCCAUGGGCCAGGGGAUGCAGAGUAUGGCUCCUCCUCCCUACCAGUGUCCGGCACCGUACCCCGAUAAAUACCCUCUGGAGGACGUGGACCAGCGCAGCUCUAGUAUCGCUGCACUGAGAAUGAAAGCCAAGGAACACAUCCAGUCUAUGGAUAAGACCUGGCAACCCAUGUGA